CCUUUGCCUUUUGAUAGGACCGAAGCUUAGAUCGGCAGAGUAGACAGAACAGAAUUCUGGGAGGAAGAAGGCAGCAUGGUAGAUGCCAUGGUUCUUCUCUCCAAGACAGACGCUGGUUAAACUCAUGCUGGUGGAAUAUCAUUCUUAUCUCAAUCAGAGCAAACUUCUGGAUUUCUGCAAGUCAAAAGACAUUGUUCUGGUUGCUCUGGGCAUCCAUUAGGAUAAACACAGGAAAAUAUACAUCUUCAAAAAGUCAAGAGAUCCUGGAUGUUUUGGUGCCUAAUAAGAAAAAAUAACUCUUCAAAAGGAUCACCCAGCAAAAAGAAAUAUGACUUAUGAGGACAGGAUAAAACAAGCAGAGUUAACUAACCCUGAAAAGUGAUAGAAGAUGAACUCCAAAUGUCCAAAUAUUGAACUGAAUGAUGGGCACUUCAUACCUGUGCUGGGCUUUGGAACUGCUGUACCUGAAGAGUUUCCCAAAAGUAAGAUUAAGGAGCUCAUCAAAACAGCUAUAGAUGUUGGUUUCCGUCAUUUUGAUUCUGCUUCUGUUUAUAAAACUGAAGAUUAUGUGGGAGAGGUCAUCCAAAGCAAGAUUGCUGAUGGUACUGUGAGGAGAGAAGAUAUAUUUUUGACAUCCAAGGUUUGGUGUAAUUGUCUUCGUCCAGAACUGGUGAGAUCUUCCUUGGAACAGUCAUUGAAGAAAUUUCAGGUGGACUAUGUAAACCUUUACCUCAUGCAUUUCCCAACGGCUCUGAAACCAGGAGAAAAUGAUUUCCCAGUAGAUGAACAUGGAAAAUUAAUAUUUGACACAGUGGAUCUCUGUGCCACGUGGGAAGCCUUGGAGAAGUGCAAGGAUGCAGGACUGGCCAAGUCCAUUGGGGUGUCCAACUUUAACCGCAGGCAGCUGGAGAUGAUCCUGAAGAAGCCAGGGCUCAAGCACAAGCCUGUGUGUAAUGAGGUAGAAUGUCAUCCUUAUCUCAACCAAAUGAAACUUCUUGAAUUUUGCAAGUCAAAUGAUAUUGUACUGGUUGCCUAUGGUGUCCUGGGAACACAACGAUAUACAGGAUGGGUGGACCCAAGCUCCCCUGUUCUCUUGGAUGAACCAGUUCUUCAUUUCAUGGCAAAGAAAUACAACCAAACUCCAGCCUUGAUUGCCCUUCGCUACCAGAUACAGCGUGGGAUUGUGGCCCUCAGUAGCACUCUCAAAGAAAAGCGAGUCAAAGAGAACAUCCAGGCUUUGGAAUUCCAGUUGAGUCCAGAGGAUAUGAAGGUACUUGACGGCCUAAACAGAAAUCUGCGAUAUGUGACUGCACAGAUGUUUGAGGGUCACCCUAAUUUUCCAUUUUCUGAUGAAUACUGACAUGUGUGGAUGUCUUUUGGAAGCUUCACUGGAGGAAGACUGCUCAGGCUGAUGUCUGGACUUGUCACUUCUACUCUGUACAAAUUCAGAACUUCCUGGAACUAUACUUCAGUUAAGAGAGAAACAAAUGAAAGUAAAAUAUUAUCCCAUUCUGAAAUCCCAAAAAAGUCAUAUUCUUCAACAAUUUUCAGGGCUAAUGUAUUUCUUUACAGCCUUAUUUCCCUAUGAUUCAUGAUGUAUCAAAAUUAAUAUGCCUAAAUGUC